AUGUUAUCGCGUAGUAGUUUCAAGACACUAUCCAAAAAUCCUGCCUUGAUGGCAAGACCUGUCUCUGUGGCUACAUUUCAUCAUACAUCCACACACUUCAACAAGAAAGCCGCUGUUGAAUUGAAGCCCUCAGCGCAAGACGAUUCGCCUUUUGACAAGUUGGCACAAGGCAUGAACGUCCUUAAAUCCACACUGCUGACUGCAACACCAUUGCGUAAAGUGACUCGGCCCAACAUUGAAUCGCUGCCAUUCACUGGCCAUGCCACCAGUUGGGACCAAGCUGUCAAAGAGGCACAGAGUCUAGUCAAUUCAGCAGACCAAGAACGCAUAUUUGACCCCGUUAAAAUUGUUGGUAAGGAUUUAUGGGAGCUCAAAGGCAACAUUACCAAACUGCUAGGAUCUGGCCAUCCGUUUAUCAACACCAUCGGCAAGCAUUACUUUCAAGGUGACACCAAUCGCAUCCGACCUCUUUUAGUAUUGUUGAUAGCAAAAGCAACAUCCCAGGCACCCAAGAAAUCGACACAGCAAUUGCUACAUGAAGAUGUCGAUAGCGAAUGCCAAGUGUCGUCCGCAGAAAACCCCAUUUUACCUACACAAAGACGAUUAGCAGAAAUCUCUGAAAUGAUCUAUACCUCAUCUCUACUUCAUUAUGAUGUGAUUGAUAACGGAGAGCAAGUGACAAAUCCAGGAUUUGGUAACAAGAUGGCUGUUUUGGCUGGCGAUUUUCUGCUGGCUCGUGCCUCACUUGCAUUGGCUCAGCUAAAGAAGGCAGAGUGCAUCGAGCUGAUUGCUACUUGUAUUGCUAAUCUCGUGGAGGGCGAGUUUAUGCAAUUACAUGAUCUCAACAAGCAAAACCCCGACAAACAAAAGGUAUUCGACUACUAUUUGGAAAAGGUGUACUUGAAGACAGGCAGUUUGAUUGCUCAAAGCUGCAAGGCAUCUUCUGUGUUGGGUGGCUGUUCAAGCGAUGUUGCCAAAAUGACAUAUGACUAUGGCAAAAAUCUAGGCAUUGCGUUCCAGCUUAUUGAUGAUCUUCGAGAUUUCUCUCAGCAUGCAGCCAACAUUGAAAAAAAGCAGCACAGUUCAGGCUGGAUCACAGCGCCUGUUUUAUUGGCAUGGGAGGAGCACGCAGAAUUAGGACCUUUGAUUGAACGUGGAUUCAUUGAAAAGGGAGAUGCUGAAAAGGCACGCCUGUUGGUAUAUCAGAGUAGCGGAUUAAAAAAGACGCUUGCAUUAGCAAACAAACACAUAGAUUUAGCAAUUUCAGCAAUUGAACAAUUGCCAUCUUCUGAAGCUCAGGCAGCAUUGAUUCAAUUAGCCAGAAAUCUGACCACUAGAAAAGAUUAA